GCGGCAGCGGCGGCGGUAAGAUGGCUGCCCACGGGGGCUCCGCGGCGUCCUCGGCGCUGAAGGGGUUAAUUCAGCAGUUCACCGCCAUCACCGGUGCAAGUGAAAGUGUAGGAAAACAUAUGCUUGAAGCCUGCAACAAUAACCUGGAGAUGGCAGUCACAAUGUUUUUGGAUGGUGGAGGAAUUGCUGAGGAGCCCAGUACGAGUUCUGCAAGUGUAUCUACUGUCAGACCACACACAGAAGAAGAAGUUCGUGCCCCAAUUCCUCAAAAGCAGGAAAUAUUGGUGGAACCAGAACCCUUGUUUGGUGCUCCUAAAAGACGACGACCUGCACGAUCAAUAUUUGAUGGUUUCCGAGAUUUUCAAACUGAAACUAUUCGGCAAGAACAGGAAUUAAGAAAUGGAGGAGCAAUAGAUAAGAAACUGACUACUCUUGCAGAUUUAUUCCGGCCACCCAUUGACUUAAUGCAUAAAGGCAGCUUUGAAACAGCCAAAGAGUGUGGCCAGAUGCAAAAUAAGUGGCUGAUGAUAAACAUCCAGAAUGUGCAAGACUUUGCAUGCCAGUGUCUCAACCGUGAUGUGUGGAGUAAUGAAGCUGUAAAGAAUAUUAUCCGGGAACAUUUCAUUUUCUGGCAGGUUUAUCAUGACAGCGAGGAAGGUCAGAGAUACAUACAGUUUUAUAAGCUAGGGGAUUUCCCCUAUGUUUCUAUCCUGGACCCGCGGACAGGUCAGAAGCUAGUGGAAUGGCACCAGUUAGAUGUGUCUUCUUUUUUGGAUCAAGUGACAGGAUUUCUGGGUGAACAUGGGCAACUGGAUGGACUUUCUAGCGGCCCGCCCAAAAAAUGUGCCCGCUCAGAAAGCCUGAUAGAUGCAAGUGAGGACAGCCAGCUGGAAGCUGCCAUCAGAGCCUCUUUGCAGGAGACACAUUUUGACUCCACGCAGACGAAGCAAGAUAGUCGUUCAGAUGAGGAAUCUGAAUCUGAACUUUUUUCUGGUAGUGAAGAGUUCAUAUCUGUAUGUGGCUCUGAUGAAGAAGAGGAAAUCGAGAAUCUUGCCAAGUCUAGAAAAUCUCCCCACAAAGAUUUGGGGCAUAGAAAAGAAGAGAACAGAAGGCCACUGCCUGAGCCCUCUGCUAGAACUGAGCCUGCAACAACCACAAACCACCAAGGAUUGCCAGCUAUGGAUUCUGAAAUCUUGGAGAUGUCGGCUGAAAAGUCAGAUGGGAUAGUGGAGGGGGCAGAUGUCAACGGACCAAAAGCACAGCUGAUGUUGCGAUAUCCAGAUGGAAAAAGGGAGCAGAUCACUCUGCCAGAACAAGCGAAACUGCUAGCUUUGGUGAAGCACGUGCAGUCUAAAGGGUAUCCUAAUGAACGUUUUGAACUUCUUACCAACUUCCCCCGAAGGAAACUGUCUCACCUGGACUAUGACAUCACAUUACAAGAGGCAGGCCUUUGUCCUCAAGAGACUGUGUUUGUGCAGGAAAGAAAUUAACACUAUGGCCUGACCUCUCUCAGCUUCUCCCCUUUUCUUCCUUUGUCUUCGUGAGGUACCAUGUCACUAAGUAUGCAUUUUGGCUCACAGGACCACAGAGCCAAAGUUGGACAAGCAAGUCACCUUCCUUCUCUUUUCUUACUAUAAUCAGUCUGUUCCCCUAAUCCCCGCUCUUUCUUUCUUGUUUCUAUUUUCUAUUUCUGUCUUUCUUUCUUACCUAAACUGGUGACCAAAUGGAAAUGUAAACCUCUAGUACUGGCAGCAGGAUAUGUGUGUUACAAUAAUAGGUGGUCUACACAGCUUUUUUUUUUUCUUUCUCUUGGAUCAAAUGAUAAAGUUAGUACUCCUCAGAUAUGGCAGAGGAAUGGCUAGUUUCAGCAUAAGAACAACCCUCUCCCACCCUUUUCUUAUAAGCCCACAUUUUUAGUAGGUGCAAGAAAUUCUCUAACACAUUUUCUUUUGUUCUUUAUAUCAGAAAUAUCUGGAGUGUGUUAUUUACAUGGAAACAAAAUCUUUAGGGUUAUUGCUCAUUGCAUUAAAUUUUUUUUUCAAAGGAUUCCUGUCCAGCUACAGAAAGUAUUUCUGUGAUAUGUGUAAUUGGCAAAAUGAGUGUUAAAUGUGGAGUUUGUAGCACAGGGUGACUUUUCUGAAUGUCUGUCCUAGCCUGAGAUGACCCUCUUUAUUAAUACUCUGUUAACUGUAUUGAUCCUGCUAAUCCAAGAGUAGAACCUUAGCAUACUGUAGUGACUAUGAGAGGAAAAUGCUUGCUAUUUUUGCCAGUACAGCAUGUAGGUUCUUUUGGCCCUUCCAUUGUCUUGAGUCCACAGGGAUUUGUAGGAAGGCAGUUCAAUAAUCAUGCAGUGCCAUGGCUUAUGAUUGUAACCACUGUGGUUAUUGAUUGUCUUGUGUGCUUAAGGCAUACUUACAUGUGUCCUGGGAAGAGAAGAAAAGAAUGUAGCUGAGAGUUGUUAGCCAUAUUCCUUGGGUUAAAAAUAAUGGUUCAUUUUUUUAGCCUCUGGUUGGAAUAGUCUGUAAAAGGCUCUGGAAACUGAUCAAGCUUAACUUCUUCAUGCUGUUUUCUUUCAAAGGAUGUCAUAAACAGAAAGAUUCUCUAAGGGGAAGGCCUUUAAACUCAAUUCUUAACACAUUUAGUAGAGAAUAGGGGAGGUUACCAGUCAUCUUCCGGAUGUAGGUGUUUUUCUGCCAACAAAAGCCACAUUCAGAUUAUAGUUGGCAGAUACUUCUAUAGUGCUUAGGACAUGCCCUUUUGAAUCCAUACAGAAUCAUCAUAAGUUUCACUUGUGCUCAGUUCUUAAUGUGAGCCUUAAAUAGAGUCCUCUGAAGGAAGAGCAGUGAUUCUGGUGCCCUAAUUAAAACUCAGUAUGUUAUCAAACUGUUCUAGAAUUGGAACUAUUUUAUCAGUUGAAGGUUGAGAGUAGUUCUACCUGAGGAGCAUAAAUUGCAUUGUUCGGAGGUCUUUGGACUCCCACCUACUUUGAGAUAAAUCUCUUGCUAGUACACAAUUAUAGGAUAUGGUUUCCAAUGGUUGCAGUUUGAGGGACCCUUACUAAAAAGUUGUGUAUCUCCUCAGAAAAUCAUGGAAAAUUCUGUUUAUUCUACAGUGAGUCCUUUUGAAUUAAUGUUCUUACAUUUUUUCUAAGUCUGUGUAAGUGCUUAUGUAUAAGUAUAUAAUUGUAUAAAUAUUUAUAAAUAUAUUUAUAUAAUUACACUUUCAUUUAUACGUUGAGUCAAAGUUCUCUUUAGAUUGAUGACUGAAUAAUACCCUUUUGGUGUGUUUUUUAUACCUUUUGGUGUGGAUUUUUUUUUCCUUCCAUAAGCUCCCAAGGCUUACCUAGCAGCUUGUGAUGGUUGAGGAAACAUGGUUGUCAUGUUAAUUCCUCAGUGUGUCUCUGAAUUUGAGUAGCAUCCUUGCUAUCUGAAAAAUAGAGCCAUGUACUGUAAAGGGUACACUGGAGGGCAAAAAAACUGCUGGUGGUGGACAAAGUGAGAAAGCAAAAGUCAGCAAGGCCCAGGGUCAGAAGUGAGGGUUUGAUUGAUUUUGCGCUCUUGGUGGGGGUACCCAUUUCCAUUCCUGGCAGAGUCACAACAAAAGCCCAAGUCAAUCAGAAAUGGGAAGUUGAGAAUUGCUCCUGUAGGCCUGCUUAACUCUCAAGUACUAGGACAUGCCCAGAGAACUCGAGACCAAACCCUCUUAUUGAUGAGACAAUGAAGUUCUUUUCACUACGUUCACAACAGUGACACAUUCAUUUAGGAGAAACCAAAGUAGCUUGCAGCUUUGUGACAUGAUCAGGUGUAUAUAAAAUGAAUUAAGGGACAGUGUGUGACAUAUCCAUUCAACUUACAAACAACUGAGAUUCUUAGAAUACAAGCUGUAGAGAGUUUGUUUGGUUUGAUUCUGAUCUAGGAGUGUGAUUAUCUUGGUUUGAUAAAGAGGCCCUCGUGGGGAGGGGUUAUAGAUUGUGCUUGGGAAGAAUAAUAAGAAGCAUUGCCUUGCUCAAGACCUUCAUCAACUUAAGGAGCAUCCUUCGUCCAGCUUGCCAUACUCUUGUCAGUACCCUUGCUCCUCACUGGAGAGAUGAGAUGGAAUGGGGUCAGUAAGGAUGGUUCAGUCAUUCCUUGGAGGUGACAGAAGCAGCUUGAAAAGUGUGAAAAUGUUGGGAGGAGAGCAACAGGUAGAAUUGGAGAGUGACAGAUGAACAAUAGCAAAGAAAAAGAAAUAUUUUUUUAAAAAAAUUUUUGAUUCAGCAAUCAGAGAAACAACAGUGCCAAAUAAAGGAAGAAUGUGGAUGUAAUUCUGAGUAGCAAGCAUGCACUAGGUGUUCAUAUUUGCUUUCUCCUUUAAUCUUCCCAAGAAUCCUGCAAGUAGUUUCCUCCCCCCCCCCCAUAUUAUUCAAUCAAUCAAUCAAAUAGCACACAGAAAACUGUGAACUUCAGAGAAUUUGUCUUGGAUGUGACAGCUGGGAAGUGGCAGGUCACAAUUAGAAUCUGAAGACCAUGCUCUUUUCAUAUCCAUACAGCAGGGAAAUCGAUUUGCCCAAAUUAGUGUUACUUCAUUUAGAUGUGUAAGUUAUCUUGUGUUUUUAGUUUUUUAAGCUAUAGGUGGUAGUUGAGGUGAAGCUUGUGGGAUUUACAGUAUGCCUAUACAUUUUUAUUUAUUCCAUUAUUGUGAAAAGCAAUUAUUGCUUUUAAAAAUGAUAUACUGAUGAAAAUGUGAAAGUAACUGUGUAACAUUAUUUACCAAGAAAAGUGAAACAAAUUUUGUGAGAACUAUCUUUUUAAACCAUUUUUCAGAAAAAAAAUUCUAUGUUCCAUCCAUACCAGAUUAUUGAACUAUGUAGUAUGUUUUUAAAUCUUUCAUAAAAUUCUGUUUCCUUGACUUACAAGUCAGCAAUUGUUCAUUGAAUUCUUAGUCAAAUUUGGAAAUUUUUGAAAUUAAGUUCUGAUUCCUGCCCCCUUUUUACUAACCAGUUAGACAUGACACAGCACUUAAGAUGAUUGGAAGGCAUGUAAAUGUUUUCCUUUCUGAGACUGAACUGUAAUUAUAAUAUAAAUUUUGAAAGGGAAAGUGUAGUUAGGAAGGUUCCACAAAGAAAGCAAGCUGAAAAAAGGCAAUUCCUAACUAGCUCAAAUUAUCCUAGAAGUCAUCCAUAUUUCUUUUAACUACAUCUAGAUUUGGGCAUAAAAUUCAUCAACAGAGCAUAACCAUUACCUAAGGAGAAAAGAAUUGUUGGCGCCACCCCACACACGCAAGAUGCUAAACUAGCAGGAAUCUCACUUCAGCACUUAGGAAAAAUACCAGAACCACUACAAGUGAAAUUGAAGGCCUGGUCUCUGUCAGCUGCGGGUGGAAUGGGCAGUGUGCUCUCUGAGCCCUGCUGGGAGGCUACUCUGUGCUAUCAGUACACUCUGGAUUGUCACCUUAGCAAGUCUCAUUCUUGGGAGUCUUGAAUUCCUCAUGGGAAAAGUGAGAAAACUCAACCAGUACCUGAUCCUUUUUAGUAGAAGGGCUUGUGAUUUUAAGAUAGUGCAGGUGAAGUGUUAAAUAUAAUUACAUAGUUUGAAAAAAUGUAAAUGUGUGCAUGUGAAUUCAGACUUCUUGGAUGAGCCCCAGGAACUCAAAUUCUAGAUCACAGAUUGUCUCUGAAGGCCUUUCUUACUUUAUGCUGAAAGACUUUAUGCUUUAUGCUUCUGGUUUCUCUCCUUCUUAUGUAUAUUCCUAGACUAAUUAAAGAGAACCUGUUAAUCCAGGUAUUAUUUUCCAACAACUUGACCUAGCCUCACUGUGAUGACUGAAAUUUCCAAAAAGGAGAGUUACUGUCACAGUUGCAGAUCUUGUCAUAAUCUUUUGAACAGUUCAUUACAUUUUAAACUGCCAAUUUAGUGUUGAGACUAAAAUGUAAUUAGAACUAAAUGUGUCACAACUUUGGAGUUUUAUUUUACUUGUUACUUUAAAACAACUUCACUGGCUGAGCAGUUGGGAAAUUGAUUUGUCUAAGUUACAGAAUUGUCUCUUGAAUUUGGUACAACUUUUCAGUAUCCCAUUCGGCUGGCUUUGGAAAGCAUUUCCUAUCCCAUGGAGUGUGUCCUCCUUGUGUCAUUUCUAUCUUCUUUUUGGCUGUCUUUUGUUUAACUACUUAGUAGUAAGUCAGUAAUAGAUUGCAGGUUGAUGAAUAAGAAUGUGUUGUAUAAAACAAAAACUUGAAAGUAAGGAUAGGAAAAGCCAAACCUUCUGAUGAACAUGGCGUUUUCCCGUUAUACCAGCCUUGAUGACUAGACUGAACACAGCCAUGCUCAUGAUUGUUCUGCUCAGUUGACUUGCUUGCUGAUCGUUUCAGUUACUGUCAGGCCCUGGAAUGUAGUAUUGUCCAGUGACAAGUAUAUAUUCUUUAAAAUGGAAAGCAACAGAACACUGUACCAAUAUAUUGAUAUCUUCUGUUACAUAGAGCGAGUUAGGAUCUCUGUGUUGGUUAUUUCGGGUUCUGACUGACCUAUACGUCAGUCCUGCUUUAGUGUCAACUGAGAAUCAAGAAAAAAUUUGUAUAGAGUGUGAUGGCUAUUUUUCUUACAUUUAGAUUAUUCCAUGUGAUGCAAUCUUUAAUUAGAAAAUCAUAGCCUUUUCUCUUUGAUGUCUUCACAUUUUAUUUAUAAGUUAAGAUACAGGAAAUGAAUUUGAGGCGAAAGCAUCCUUAUUGUUCAUUUUAUUUCUACUUAACAGAAAAUUCUCUUAUUCCAAGUAGGAGGAAGAAGCUGGCUCUGUGAUACCCACUUCCCUUUUUUUGGCCUGCAGGUUGUUGUUGCUUAGAUUCUUAGCUGUUCUCCAAAAUUUUAUUUUUGAUGUACACCCUUCUUUACUGUGAUCACAAAGUUGGAUAAUUCAAGGUGAACUACUUUAAGUAAACAAAAUCUAGCAUUUCAGUGGUGAGGUAUUUUUUUUUAAACUAUUCAGAUUUACAGGUAGGAUUAGAGAUGCAGAUACAAUGGUAGACUUUUGCCUAAGAACAAUGGUAAAUAUGGGAAGUUAACCUUGUUGUAUUUGAUUUGGUGGCAACAAGUGUUUGUUGUUUGUCUAAUGGUAUUUGCUCUGUAGAGACCAGGAUGCCCUAAGAUUUUAUCUGCCUUCUAAGGUCACUCCAGUUUCCAAAUGAGGAAACCUAAUGUUGAGCAGCAUAAGUAAUAUGUUUAUCUCCAUUCCCCUCCCCAAAAGAUAAUCCAACUAGGCUGCCUUGAAUCAUUUAUUCAUUAGACUUAGUAAAUAAAUGGGCAGCAUUUCAAAUUAUAAAUUCAGACCUCAGAUUAAAUUCUCUCUUGCUUAAAUUCGUUCUUAAUGGCCUUUUUUAUAGCAUGAAAUCUUCACUGAUAUGGGAAAGAAUCUUGACCUGGAACCAUUCCGUGCUUUUGUCCCCUUUAUCAAGAUAGCAGGCUUUGCAGUGCCUGUCACCAGGAUCCAUCUCAAUGGAUUGGACCGAGUUGUGUACCUUUCUGUCUUCAAAAAAAAAUUAUUUUAUAAUAGUAUACUUUUCUCAGUGUGUCUGUGUUCUUAAUAUGGAGAAUAUCAGUAAGUUAAUGGUGUGAUUCAAAAUAUAAGUAGGUUUCUGACACUAACAUUAUGUUCCUAAUAACUAUUUGAUAGCAGAAAUUAUUGCCCUCCAAGUUAUACCUCCCAUAGAGUGAGUGACCCAUUGUCAGCAGAAAAAUCCCAUUGUUCCUGUUAAUUAGAAUGAAAGUAGGAUGUGCCAUCCACUACUUUUUCAUUUGAUGAGUAGCCAGCUUCUAGUAGGAGCUGUUUGACCUCUCUGGAGACGUUUGCCUGGUUACUUUCCUCACUUUGUCCCACCUUUUGCAAAGGCAAUGUAAGACACUUGUUGGGAAGCAGGCUGUAGGCUGUGAGAUAAUCAUCUUGUCCUUGAAACAGAUGAACCCCAGUUGAUGCUAGUUAGCAUGAUCCCUGGACUCUAAGGGCCUUCCAUCCAAGCAUUGACAGGAUUUUCACUCCUCUAAGAAUCUUUUCUUUCCAAGGAUGGUUUUUCUUUUGAUUAUUAAUGACUUACUAAACAUCUGGGGUCUUUUCCCCAACACUCCAUCCUUUAAGGAAGUCCUCCUUUUUUAAGUAGCUAAUAAUUGUUCUCUGGAAGCCUUCAGGAGCACACUGUGGGCUCUGUGCAUGCCUUGUAUGAGUUCUGUGGGAACUGUGUUUUGAAUCCUCUAGGAUGUCCCAGCUCUGGCAUGUCGUCACUAACUGUUUUAAAACAUUUUUUCCUGUCGUUUCCUAAACCUCACUUUCCAUCUCGUUCAGAGAGAUUGGUCAAGGAGUGGAGUUUGUGUGGGGCUAGGGGUAAGGGUGGGUUGGGGAGUUGAAUGAAGUCAACUUGGGAUAUAUGCUUUCAAGUGUUUCCUCGAGCAGUUCCUAACAGUGUUUGCAGAUUCCCUGGGAGGUUUGUGUCCUUACCUUGACAAAGUGGUAGUCUUCCUGAGUUUUAAUUCUUACUGCAGGACAGGCUCUAGGUGUUAUCUGUAGUGGAACGUGGUGACUCAGUACAAGAACACAAUGGACAGAGACAGUGCUCCAAUUGUUGGUUUCUGGCAAGUUCUCCCUAAAAUGCACACAGAGUUCUCAGUUUUGUGGACCUUUCAUUCCGUGGUGCUAGGAGGUAAUCACAUGUUUCUACAGCUUUUCCCCAAAGUGGGAAGAAGGCUUUAGGACCAAAGAGAAGGAGUAACUGAACCAGCCACUAAAUUCUUUUAAGAUACUAGAAACCCUCGUGUACAAAGGUGCUAGGGAAAGCCUUAAAUUUGGAGACAUGUGGAGUGGUAGAAAAUCUUGGAGGAGAAAGGCAUGCCUGUAGGUAAACCAGAGCUGUAACUGCUAGCUAAUACUCAGUGGAACUUCCACUUGCUCUAAAACCAGGGAACUCUUCAAUAACUGGGUGUGAUAUAUCUAUAGCUACAUGUAGUCUAUAGGUAAAUGCUUUUUAAAGGAGGAUCUUUCUCUCCCUUGGUGGUCCUCUGGUUUUGGCUGUACCAAAUUGUGAAUAUUCUUGCUGUGUUGUACCCAGUUGCUUUAUAUUAAUACUGCAACUUGAAUUGGGGUGGGUGGGUGGGAGAGCAGCGUGGGGAGGGAAGGGAGUGGGAUGAUAAUUAUUUUGAAGACAUCAGCUCACUGUGCUGAGAGAGGGACCAAACUCAAGGAAACCUCUAAUCUAUAAAUUCAACUGCUGCAUUUUUUUAUAAAUACAUGUAAAUGUCCUGUUGUAAUAUUUGAUCUUGGAAAUAAAAACAAAAACUUUUCUGUA